AUUGGGUUCUUGAUUUAAUGCAUUCAAUGUUUCUUAUGACUUGCAUGUUAUUGGUUUCUUGUGUAACUGUUCAAAACUUGGUUUUAAUAACUUAAGUGUAUUUUUUUUUUUUUUUUUUUUUGCCACUUCAAAUGCUAUUAAACAGGAUAUGUCCCUUGAAACAGUACAAAGAUAUUUGCUUCAAUAUUUUAUCUGUGGUGUUUUUUGUCAGGGUGGAUUUCAAAUGGAUGAAUUGCACUAAACUAACAAGUAUGUUAUCUAUCAAUAGUGUUAGGUGAUCAUUUCGAGUGCAGUUAAGUUUUGGCAGAUAGAUGCAUGUGCUCAGUCACUGUUCUUAUGAUUUCUGUACUCCUCCUACACAGUUUUAAAAGACAGAAAAAAAUAUUACAAAUUUAAUUUGAACCAAGGUUAUUGUAGUAAACCAAGAUGAACACAAACUAAAAUUUAUUUAUUUUGGAUAAAUACAUGAAUACAGAACGGAUACGGAAGGAAGGUCGAACAGCAGGUAAAAGCAAACUUACUUUCUAGCUAUGUAUCUUAACAGUCAAAUCUGUAAGUCCACUUGAAGUUUGCAAACUAGCAACAAGGGAAAGAAAACAUGCAAAUGUAAACUUGAUUUAUUUUUUUUGUAAGUAAAACAUAUAAACACAUUUUUAAAAAGGCCAUACUAAAGCAUGUGUCUCAUGCACGGUUUUACUGAAUGUUGUGAUACAUCUAAUCUAACCUUAGAAGCAGUAUUAUGCACUGCACUUAUUACAUUUCAAAUUCUGUGGACUGUUAUACAGUUCCUGUAUUUGAUUUGUGCAUGGUUCAUCUAUCAGAAAGUUAAUUUGUUUUAAAUGGUUGUUUUUGUUGCGUUUUGAUUACACUAUUUAUUGGGGUAUUUUCUUUCCUUUUUUUUUUUUUUAUCUCACACUUGACAAAGACCCUGAAUUUAAAAAAAACAGUAAAAUUGUUCACACAACUGUUGUAAUGUCCUAUGAUUCCAUAGUCAGAUGAAGAAACUGCAUUGUGUUGGCACCAAUUUGCUAUUUAUUUGGUCAGAUAGGAUAAGGGGCGCAUUUCUGUGACUUGUACACUUACCUGUAAAACAGCUUCCUCUGAAUUAAAUGUUGUAGUACACACAGUAAGAGAAUCUGUAGUGUUACCAUGGGGGGGAAACUGCUUGCAAAUCAUUUGUGUUCGUACACAGCACAUUUGUAAGUGGAUGUGACAUGGCUGACUGGUUGAAUUCAUGUAUUUGCUUGUGACCUUGUCUUUAUUUACAUGAUCUAGUUUCAGCUGCCACUGCUUUUUCAAGCCUAGUAAAAUAUUAUGUUUGACUAAAAGCAAAAACAUUUUGUUUUUUUUAUUAUACUGCAAGUACAAUUUGGACCAGAAUUCAUUAAUAACCUAGUUUGUUUUUGCUGAGAUUGUUUUCACCAUAGUCGCUGAGUCUUCACAGCCAGUCCUGAUUCUCUUUGCAUACUUAUUUGUGAAACCCUCAUCCUUUUCAGAUACUAAUGCUAAUUCUAGUCAUGCAUUCCGGAGUGCAUGGAAAUGGUCACAUGGGGUUUUGCCAAUAGACGCAUCAUGUUACUUAUUAAAAGCAGAGAAGUAUCAUACUGAUAGGUUACACCAGCUUGGUCAAAGAUAACGAAGAGAAUGAUGCAUUUUCUUGUCUCUUUGUAUUUGAUGGGAAAUGUUUUACACGCAUGGACUCAAUGCAACUCUCAGUUCAACCUGAAUGGAGAUUAUUUGAUAGGUGGACUUUUUGACAUUCACACUAGUAGCUCUAUUAGCUACGAGAGACCAGAAGCCAUUCACUGCUCCAGUCAAGCCUUCAGUCUGUCAAGUUAUCGGAGGUUUCAGCUGAUGAGAUUCUCCGUGGAGCAGAUCAAUAACUCAACCCAACUCUUGCCCAAUGUGUCUCUGGGCUACAAGAUAUUUGACCACUGCUCCAUUUCGAAGAACUUCCCUGGUAUUUUUGACCUCAUUUCAGCCAACGGAUUGAUCCGACCUUGGGGUGCGGAACACCAGCAUCUGUCUGCAACCUCCAAAGUCAUAGGAGUGGUGGGCCCUUUUACAAGCACCGACACCCUGACUGUAGCGCCACUCUUCAUGAUGGAUCUCAUUCCACUGGUCAGCUACGGAGCUGCCAGCUCGGCCUUUUCAGAAAAAGCGAAAUAUUCAUCUUUCCUGCGCACCGUUCAUUCCAAUAAAGACAGCGUCAAAGUGAUUGUAGCCAUCAUGGAGCACUUCAAAUGGCAAUGGGUGGCCUUACUUUACAGCAAUGAUGCUUAUGGCAAUGACGGCCUGGCACUCUUCAGGAACUUGAUUAAGGAUACUGACAUUUGUCUGGCCUUUGCCAUGGACUUCAAACAAAGCUCAAAUUACUCUGAAAUGUUCCAACAUAUUGAGGCGCACAGAAUAAAAACCAUUGUUGUUUUUGCUCCCAAAUUGUCAGUCGAGGCUCUCAUUGAGUCAGCGAUACAGGUGGGUGUCACAAACAAGGUGUGGCUAGCGGUCGAAACCUGGUCGUUAAAUGAGAAGCUCCCAAAGAUGAAAGGCAUCCAAAAAAUUGGAACAGUACUGGGAGUGUCUCAGCCUCUGUUGACUAUUCCUGGUUUUAGUGAAUUUCUCCUUGAUUCCCAAAGCAAAGGCCCUUGUGAAGAUGCAGAGGAGCUUCGUUUUUGCAAUCAGAUUUGCAACUGCUCGAAUCUGAGUGCACAGGAUAUCAUCUCCAUGGACCCUACCUAUUCGUUUUCUGUUUAUUCGGCCGUAUAUUCCGUCGCUCACGCCUUACACAAUGUCUUGCAAUGUGAGAAACACACAUGUCACAGAAAUAUUUCUGUGUUUCCACACAAGGUUCUGGUGGAGCUGAAGAAGUCAAACUUCACACUGCUGAACCAGAGCAUUCAGUUUGAUGAGCAUGGGGACCCCAAAUUUGGAUCUUAUUCUAUCGUUUUCUGGAACAAGAGUGGUGAAAUAGAGGAGAUCGGAUACUUUGAAUUGCAGUCCUCAGUCAACAUGGUCAUUGAUGAGACGAAAAUUCAGUGGCAUGGAAAGUGGAAGGUACCAACGUCACAAUGCUCUCACAAAUGUCCUGUUGGAUUUGCAAAGAAGCAAGACGGAAUUCACCACUGUUGCUUCACCUGUGAGGAAUGUCCUGAUGGAACCUAUAUCAACAUCUCAGAGGAUGCAUACAAGUGUGUGGACUGUAAGGCGACAGAGUGGUCGUCAGAAGCCAGCACAUCAUGCACCCUGCGAAAAGUGGAGUACGUCUCAUUUGAGGACAGCACCGCUAUAUUGAUCAUUGCGGCCACCUUGCUCUUGCUGGGCCUGGGGGUCGCCACGAGCGUUAUCUUUGCCCUCAACUACAACACGCCAGUCGUCAGGUCCGCUGGCGGUCACAUGUGCUUCCUCAUUUUGGGCUGCCUCGGUCUGAGCAGUCUGAGUAUCGGCUUCUUUUUUGGCAAGCCCUCCGUUUUGUCAUGUGUCUUACGGUUCGUGCCGUUUUCAUUGCUUUUCUCUAUGUGCCUUGCAUGUUUUGUGGUGCGCGCUUUUCAGAUUGUUUGUAUUUUUAAAAUUGCCGCCAAGUUCCCCAAGCUCCACGGUUGGUGGAUGAAAUAUCACGGACAGUGGCUCGUCGUCACGGUGAUGUUUGUAACGCAAUGCGUCCUCCAUUUAAGUACCUUUUGGAUCUCCACCCCCAAGCCAUACAAUGAGACGACAUGGUCUCCAGACAAAAUCAUACUGAGCUGUGAAAUCAGUGCUAAGGCGGCCACUGGUCCGAUAUUUUUGCUUGUGUGUUUAUGCACCCUCUGCUUCAUUUUUUCCUACAUGGGAAAGGAUCUCCCCAAAAAUUACAACGAGGCCAAAGCGAUAACCUUCUGCUUGCUCCUGCUGAUCCUCACCUGGAUCGUCUUUGUGACUAUUUAUAUGCUUUACAGGGGUAAGUUCAUCCCAAGCCUGAAUGCUCUUGCAGUGCUCUCCAGCCUCUACUCCUUCCUCUUGUGGUAUUUCCUCCCAAAAUGUUACAUCAUCAUAUUUCAACCCCACAAAAACACACCACAGUACUUUCAAGGUAUAAUCCAGAAUUACACCAAAACAAUUAGCCAGUAGUAGCCUGCAGUGAUUACCACCCUCAUUUUAAACUACUAGGUCCAGAAGUAUUUAGACACUAACACUAGGAUUUUGGGCUCAAUACACUUUCACAAUGGCUUGGAAAUAAAACAAACAAGAUGUAACUCAAGUGUGGACUUUCAUCUUUCAUUUAAGAAGCUUCACUAAAAUAUGGUAUUUGUCGUUCAGGUGGACAGCCAUUUUGUGCACAUUACUGACAUUUCUAUGAGACAUCACACUGACAUUAGGUUUUGGGAUUUUGUGCCUCAAGUGGGAAAAAAAUGUAUGGACACCAAAACAUGUACUGUAUUGGUGCUGAUAAGGAUUCAAUUGGAAAAAUUAAAUGGGUCUACAGACAUUAAAAGAUAUAAUAUUUGAUUGCGAGAAUGUGGAAUUUUUUCCAAUGUCAAUCUUUAGAUUUCACUUUAAUGUCCAUCUCUUAUAAGUGGUAGUGCAUUUACUUCUCUUCAGUGUCAUUAUUUUUCAAUUUCAAUUGACUUGUUAUGGUAAUUGGAGUGCACUUACGUGCUGUGAUAAAGUAUUUGCCUCUUUCUCUGAUUCUUUUUUAUUUUUAUUUUCUUUUUUUUCUUUUUUUGCA